AGAAAUGUAAAGAAGGAAAGUGGCAAAAUGCGUCUGCUUCUGCAGCAACAAAAAAAUUAAUGAAACUGGCUAAGUAUUUUCCUGAAUUAGCUCCAUUGCUUUAUUCUAUGGACAGUUAUUCUUUAUGUGAAGGGUACUAUAACCAGCUUGUCGUUAAAAAUCUUUUUAUUAAUAAGCUAAAAAAAGAAACUGAUCCAAUUCUUCUAUCUUCAGGUGAACCUGAGAAAAAAAGAUUGAAGUUUUCUAACGAUGAUGAGCCACAAGUUUUUGAAAAAACUUUCGUCGAUUUCGGCACUCAAGUUGAAAGAACUUUCGUCGAUUUCGGCACUCAAGUUGAAAGAACUUUCAUCAAUUUCGGCACUCAAGUUGAAAGAACUUACGUCGAUUUCGGCACUCAAGUUGAAAGAACUUUCGUCGAUUUCGGCACUCAAGUUGAAAGAACUUUUGUCGAUUUCAGCACUCAGGUUGAUUUACUUGAAAAAAAAGCUUGCGCCGAUUUUGGAUCUCAA